ACUUGUCCUCUCGCUUGCACUCUGCUCUCACUGCCUCGCCGCGAGUGCUAGACAAAUAUGCAUGAAGAAGAAAAAAAACGCUCACGAGUCACGACCGACCAAUGCAACAGCGAAUCCCUCAGUCCCACAGAACAUCCCCUCGGACCUCUCCCCUGCGGAUAUAGCCGCGGUUCUGCCAAAAGACAGACACAAAGGAACGACGMAUAUGAAUUCGUUUUCAACAGGGAGCUGAAGCUGGACAGCCAACACGGAUGAGCCCUGUCUCACUCACUCCUCUUCAUGCCUCCAUGACGUGCGUUUCUCCUUUUUUUUCAGUCAACAAUUAAUCUGAGACCAACACGCUCGAUGACCGAACGUGGUCCAUAUUUUUCACAGCUGUAAUUGCUUUACGCGUUUUGAGAUCGGCUACCUGGACUUGACAAGACAGCACAGAAGCAGUGUUUCCGAACACCGUCCAAUGAUCAAUACUUUUCUUGCGGAAAAGAGAAGCAUCUUGGUGACUCAUAGGCUACUCUUGAAUUAUUUGCUUUAUGUUGACUCUUACUGACAAUUCAUGCGCGCCUGACUUCAAUGUGGGAAUCCUGCGUUUUUUUUGCAUUCCGCCUUUUGGAUGGUGAUAACCACGCGACAGCAAAUCCCGCGCUGGUUUCCCGCACGUUCGGGCAGUUAGUCGUUAAAUAGCUAUUACUUGCUAAUGCCGGGUGUAUCGGAGAUGCCACAGGUGCAUGGUAUGGGUUUUAUAUGAAGCAGAUGCUCAAAGAUCACAUAUUAUUAAGUSUACGAAUAUGAAUGAGUACAUGAUUCUGUUGCGUGUGUUUUUUUAUCAGCUUGGAUAGAUAGUUGAAUACGGUUGUGAGGCGAAGUAAUUUAUCUGCCUUCUGAACUGCAAACAACUUCAAUGUCCCUCCGCAUUCUGUAUAGCUAUUAACCCAGACUGRAACACAAUGGACCUCAAAGUAGAAUCUGAAGAAAUGGACUGCAAAAAGCCACCCGCUAUUGAGGUUUUUGCUCACAACUCAACGCUGCACGGKAUUUCGCACAUCUUCACCUAUGAGCGAGCCUGCAUCAAGCGCUGUCUAUGGGUCGUGUUCUUCCUGGGCUCCUUGACUUUAUUACUGUUUGUGUGCGUGGACCGAAUACACUUCUACCUGGAGUAUCCGCACGUCACCAAACUGGACGAGAUCUCGACCCCGAUGAUGGUAUUCCCCGCUGUCACGUUCUGCAACCUAAACUUUUUCCGCUUCAGUCACGUGACGCGKAAUGACCUGUACCACGCAGGGGAGCUGCUCGCGCUGCUCAACCAGAGGUAUGAGAUUAGGGACACCCACCUGGUGGAGGACAGUGUUCUGGAGGCCCUGAAGGACAAAGCUGACUUCCACAACUUCAAGCCCCGCCCAUUCAACAUGCGCGAGUUCUAUGACCGCACAGGACAUGACAUCAAGGACAUGUUGCUGGCGUGUCAAUUCCGGGGGGCCGAGUGCAGAGCCGAGGACUUCCAAGUGRACAUCUGA